GGCGGGCUGCGCCGGGAGCCGCCGGGGAGUCCGCCUCCGCCUGGCCGCGCCCGCCCCCCGCCAGCAUGGGCGCCCACCCGCGCGCUGCCGUGGUCGCGGGGCUCCCGCCGCCCCGAGCGCUGCCGCUGCCUCUGCUCCUGCUCCUGCUGCUGUCGCCGCCAGUGGCCAUCGCCUCCGAGGCUGAGCACCGUCUGUUUGAGAGGCUGUUCGAAGAUUACAACGAGAUCAUCCGACCUGUAGCCAACGUGUCUGACCCCGUCAUCAUCCAGUUUGAGGUGUCCAUGUCUCAGCUGGUGAAGGUGGACGAAGUAAACCAGAUCAUGGAGACCAACCUGUGGCUCAAACAAAUUUGGAAUGACUACAAGCUGAAGUGGGACCCCUCUGAGUAUGAUGGGGCGGAGUUCAUGCGUGUCCCCGCACAGAAGAUCUGGAAGCCGGACAUUGUGCUGUAUAACAAUGCUGUUGGGGACUUCCAGGUGGACGACAAGACCAAAGCUUUACUCAAGUACACAGGGGAGGUGACUUGGAUGCCCCCCGCCAUCUUUAAGAGCUCGUGCAAAAUCGACGUGACCUACUUUCCAUUUGAUUACCAGAACUGCACCAUGAAGUUCGGCUCCUGGUCCUACGACAAGGCAAAAAUCGACCUGGUCUUGAUCGGCUCUUCCAUGAACCUCAAGGAGUACUGGGAGAGCGGCGAGUGGGCAGUCAUCAAAGCCCCGGGCUACAAGCACGACAUCAAGUACAACUGCUGUGAGGAGAUCUACCCCGACAUCACGUACUCGCUCUACAUCCGACGCCUGCCCCUCUUCUACACCAUCAACCUCAUCAUCCCCUGCCUGCUCAUCUCCUUCCUGACCGUGCUGGUCUUCUACCUGCCUUCCGACUGCGGCGAGAAGGUGACCCUCUGCAUCUCGGUCCUCCUCUCGCUGACCGUGUUUCUCCUGGUCAUCACCGAGACGAUCCCUUCCACCUCGCUGGUGAUUCCCCUCAUUGGCGAGUACCUCCUGUUCACCAUGAUUUUCGUGACCCUGUCCAUCGUCAUCACCGUCUUCGUGCUCAACGUUCACUACAGAACCCCGACCACGCACACCAUGCCCGCAUGGGUGAAGACUGUUUUUCUGCACGUGCUUCCCAGGGUCAUGUUCAUGACCAGGCCCGCGAGCAGCGAAGGCCACACCCAGAGGCCAAGGCCCUCCUACAGUGCUGAGCUCUCAAAUCUGAACUGCUUCAGCCGCACGGAGUCCAGAGGCUGCAAGGAAGGCUGUCCCUGCCAGGACGGGAUGUGUGGCCACUGCCACCACCGCAGAAUAAAAAUCUCAAACUUCAGUGCCAACCUCCCGAGAAGCUCCAGUUCUGAGACUGUCAACGCUGUGCUGUCCCUAUCUGCUCUGUCACCGGAAAUCAAAGACGCCAUCCAGAGUGUCAAGUAUAUUGCCGAAAACAUGAAAGCACAAAAUGAAGCCAAAGAGAUUCAAGAUGAUUGGAAGUAUGUCGCCAUGGUUAUUGAUCGAAUUUUUCUGUGGGUUUUCAUCCUGGUGUGCAUUCUAGGGACAGCAGGAUUGUUUCUGCAACCUUUGAUGGCAAGGGAUGACGCUUAAGCACCAAACUGUGUUUGCCAGAGGCCUCCUGGCAUGCAGAGGGGGACUCGUUUGUUUUUAUUGUGUAAAAUACACUUGGCCAUAAAAUGUACCAUCUUCACCGUGUUCAGGCCCACAGCUCGGUGGUGUUAAAUAGUCAUCGUUGUGCAGCCGCCACCGCCAUCUCCAGGACUCUUCGUCUUGUAAGACCGCAUCUCCGCACCCACUGAACACUAACUCCCUGUCCCCUCUCCCCCUGAAACCCACAUUAUACUGUUUUGACUACUUUAAGUAGCCAAUACUGUUUUGACUACCUUUAAGUACCAUAUAAGCGG